AUGAGUGCCGCCUCAUGCACCAGCCUGGGGCUCAGCACCGAGCCGCGGGUGGUCCGACUCAAAGCCUCGCCCGCACCGCUGCUGAACAACCUCUCCACCAAUGGCUUGCACUACGCCUACGUCUCCAAGCGGAGGGUCCACAUGGUACCAGUCAUGGCGGCUUCUGAGCCCGACGGCACGCUGCACACUCGUGUUCCCUACAGCCCGACCGGAGCCAUCAUGGCCUCGGGCUGGGACCGGGCCGACGGCCGCGCCCUCCUCCGGCUGGCCUCUACCGAUGCCGUCACCCUGCUCGACGCCACAGGUACGCAGACCGUGGUCAAGCACGCACUCGAUGCCGACGAUGUCUCGCUCUUCUUCUCUGCCGCUGCCGUUGUCCCGUCGUGGAAGGGCUCGGCCGGCGCUGUCCUCCUCGCCGGCAUGUCCACCGGCGCUAUCCGCGUCGUUGACAUCCUCUCUGGCCAGCCGCUGGCUCAGUUGGACGCUUCGGAUAGCGAGGGCGAUGGCGAUGCUGAUCCUACAGGCUUGGCCCAUGACUCGUGCAUCACCGCCCUCGUGGCGAUCGCGCCCGACGACGCCAACGCUACCACCGCUCCGGGCGCCACUCUCUUUGUCUCGGCCGACGACUCGGGCUCGGUCAUUGUCUGGGAUGCCGCGUCGGGUGCGCCCGUCCGGAGCAUCCAUUCUGGCGACGGCAUUCCCGUCACCGCCGUUGUCGCCCAUGGCUCGACCGUCGUCGCCGCCUUUGCCAACGGCGUCCUCCGCUUCUUCUCGCUAUCAGACCCGGAGCUAAUCACCGAGGUCCACGCCCACGCGCGCGUGCCGACCGGCCUCGCCCUCAUGGGCUCGCGCCCCAUCGUUGUCUCAGCCAGCCAUGAUUCGUGCGUCUACGCCUUUGACUUUACAGACCUCACCAAUGUCACCCAGGUCUUUGCCGCUACCGUUGACGGCGCUCUCCUCCAGGGCGUCGCCGCCACAAGCUCGUCCAUCGCUGUUGUCUCCUACGACUCGCACAAGCUGCGCAUCUUCAAGUAACAAAUCCGCGAUCCCC